AUGCGUGAGCCCAAUUUCAGCUCUCCAGCUCAAAAUAAAGCUGCAAUUGUUAUCUCAUCUACGUUAUACGAUCGACGGGCCUUGGAUUGUACAGCUACACUACCUUUGGUUAACUCUCUUACUCAUCUUGCUUAUAUGACAUCUACUUCACCUCGAAUUCGUGAAAUACUUGCUUCUGAUGGUGGUCUAGAACGAUUAGUCAAGAUACUUGCAACUAGUCAUAAUACUGAUAAGCAUUCUUUAUGGAAAUGGUCUUUAGCUUUUCAGUGUGUAGUUAAUAUUGGUGUACGGGGAACUGAAGCCAUUCGUACUCGUGUGGUGGAAGUUGGUGCUGUCCAUGUUGUUUUAGCCAUAUUGGAAAAUUUCUUACGAGCAAUGGAACAAGCUAAAUUGGAAAAAGAACAAGAACGCAAUGAAAACCCAGUCUCUAUUACUACUACUACUACAACAACACCUACAAUGUCUUUGACUUUCCCAACAAAUUCACCAUCAUUGCCCAUCUUGUCAUCAUCUAUAUCUUCUGGAUCAACUAUUCCUUUCGCCAUUCCGAAACGACGUACCUUCUUAUCCCAUACCGUCAAAACCAAAUCAAGAAACAAGAAUGCUAAUUUAUCCUCUAUUCCACUUCUCAACAGUCUUGCUUCUGAUGUUGUUCUUCAUCGAGAAGAUGAUAUUUUGUUAUCCUUACAGUUGUUGGCUUAUCUUUCGAAAUACCCUCAUAUCCGACAUACUUUUCACAACAAUCAUCGGCAUAAUGUCUUCUCCGUGGUGGAAAAAUUUACUCAUCGUUUACUUCCUCAAACUAUUGCUUACUGGGCUGGUGUCAUUAUGCGAAAUGCUUGUCGAAAAGAUGAAUCACAAGGUGGUAUUCGUCAGUGUGCUUCUAUGGAUUGUGGGAAAUGGGAACGAUACCCACGUGAAUUCGCUAAAUGUCGUCGAUGUCGAAAGGCCAAAUAUUGUUCAAAAACAUGUCAAUCAAAAGCUUGGGGUGACGGUCAUCGUUGGUGGUGUGUAGAACGAACUCAUUCAAGUCAUCCAACAAAUACAAUUUCAACAACAACAGCAGCAGCUGCAGCAGCAGUAGUGGCAGCAGCACCUCCUCCUCCUACAAAUCCUUUAACUGAUACUGAACAAAUAGGUUCUCUAGAUGAAGCUGCAACAACAACUACCCAUAUUCCCAUCAAUAUUGACGAAACUCGACCCAUUGAUCAGCAACAACAAGCAACAACACAACGUCAAGAUUUCGAUAUAGAUAUACGAACACAUACACAUGGUGAUGGAAUGUCUGAUCGUCUUGUAACACAACAACCAUUAUUAUUUUAUCAUCGUCGUCGUCGUCAUUCUCGAUCAGCUCAAAGUUUGGCCUCUGGAUCUUCCACCGAAGUCGAAGUAGAUACCUCAGAAUCGUUACAAUCCACACAACAGGACCUGAUGGAAAUUGAUUAG